CAAUACAUUUAUAUGCAGGUGUCGUUUAUUCGCAAAGUUACGUGCACUGUGCGCGUUUAAAUUGACGUCGGUGAAAUCCUAUCACAUCAAGAAAGCAGAAAUGCUGAGCCGGUAUGCUCCGCCCAUUUGGCCUCAUCCUGUGUUCUCCUCUAGUGAGUUGCAUUUGGGCAGCAUUGCUGUGCACCUCUGCGCUUCGCCUCUUAUCCUACAAAGAGCGCCACCCAUCUCCUCCUAUUUAAACUCGUGUCUCGAUUCGCCGACACCUUUACCUUUAGAAAUUGGACUCGCAUCCGUCCAUCAGCACCGCAGCAGUCCGAGCGUUUCAGCAGCCGGAACCGUGGGGCUUACAGGGACUAGGCAAUGAUUUCACUGGAUCUUAAUCUUAAUUUAUUUACCGGUGACCUUUCACUUUACCUCAAAAACCAAGUCAAAGUCGGGCUAUUCGGCUCUGGGGUCGGACUAUCUGUAGUGCUAGGUUUCAGCGCCGCCUAUGCCUGCUACUACUUGAUGUCUGUGGCCAAGAAGCCAAUACUCAUAGCUGGAGGAAACAAGUUUCAUCAGUUCCUGAGGGACAAUUGUCCUGUGGUGUCAGAGACUUACUUCCCCACGUUCUGGUGCUGGGAAAGCCGAAUCCAAACGUUGCUCAGACCAUUUGUGACUGCUAAACCGUGGGUCAGCUACAGAAAUGAGCUCAUUAGAGCACCAGAUGGAGGCCAGAUCUCUCUGGAUUGGUUUGACAAUGAUGACAGCGUGUCCCACCCGGACCCGUCCACCCGGCCCACCGUGCUGCUGCUCCCGGGACUAACAGGCACAAGCCGCGAAUCCUACAUUCUACAUAUGGUACAGCAGAGUCGGGAUCUGGGCUUCAGAUGUGUUGUAUUCAACAACCGAGGUGUAUCUGGUGAAAAGUUAUUGACGCCUAGGACUUAUUGUGCAGCUAACACAGAGGAUCUGGAGAUGGUGAUUGAACACGUCCACCGGACUAUUGACACAGCUCCACUCAUGGCAGCUGGGGUUUCUAUGGGCGGGAUGAUGCUGGCAAACUACCUGGGGCGGAAAGGGGAUGAGACGCGUCUGAAGGGCGUGGUGGUUUUUUCGGCUGGCUGGGAUGUGUUUGAGUGCACAGCUUCUCUGGAGAAACCCCUGGACCGUUUCCUCUUUAACUCCUACCUCACCAGCUGCCUGCAGGCGUCUGUGGACCGUCACAGACCUAUUCUUGAAAAGAAAUACGACAUAGACCAUGUGAUGAAGGCUAAAACGAUCCGUGAGUUCGAUGAACGUUUCACAUCCAUUAUGUUCGGUUAUCCUUCCAACGACGACUACUAUCUAGACGCCAGCCCCAUUCACAAGCUCAAGUCCGUCCAGGUGCCAAUGCUAUGCCUCAAUGCGGCUGACGACGUCUUUUCACCCAAUCACGCCUUUCCAGUGGAGGCUGUGAAGCAGAACCCCAAUCUUGCUCUCCUCAUCACCUGCCACGGCGGUCAUAUUGGUUUUCUGGAGGGCCUGUGGCCUCGGCAGAGCACCUACAUGGAUCGAGUUUUCCGGCAGUUCACCAAGGCCGUCUUUGAAAACAGCAGCAGUCUAAAUGAUCUCUACUGACGCUCUCCAACCAUUCCCUCUACAGCCAUGAGCAAAAAAAUUCCUGAUUCUUUCCGAAAUGAAGGACACAGGUUCACUUAAAGGCCAGGAUUGUUUGUUUUUUUGUCAUUUGGUUUUAUAUUAGUAAGCACAUCUCUUUGAUUUUACAUUCAUGGAAUAGAAAAGCUUCUUUGGCUUUCACCUGUUCCAUCCAUCCACUGGUGCACUUACUUGUUUCUUAAUUUACAUUCAUAUUUGAGUUUAUGCGUGUGUAUUGACUAAUAUUUAUGUUUGAAUAUUUUAUAUUGUAUUAUAUAGAGGCUUUAUUAUUGAGUGCAUGAUAAUAAUUAGUCUGAAACACUGAAUUAUACAAUUCAGCAUCAGAUAUGACUAGACAACACCUUUCAUAUAAAAUAUCUAUUUGAGGGUGACAACAACAACAAAUAGUGGUAUAGAGGUGCUGGUCAUAUAAUUAGAAUAUCAUUAAAAACUUGAUUUAUUUCACUAAUUCCAUUCAAAGAGUGACACUUGAAUAAUAUAUUAUAUUCAUUCAUUACACACAUUUAUAAGGUCAGGGGUUAAGGUCAGGCAAGUUUGCUGGCCAAUUAAGAACAGGGAUACCAUGGUCCUUAAUCCAGGUACUGGUAGCUUUGGCACUGUGUGCUGGUGCCAAGUCCUGUUAGAAAAUUAAAUCUGCAUCCCCAUAAAGUUGGUCAGCAGCAGGAAGCACAAAGUGCUCUAAAACUUCCUGGUAUACGGCUGUGUUGACCUUGGACCUCAAAAAACACAGUGGACCAACACCAGCAGAUGAAAUGGCACCGCAAAUCAUCACUGAAUGUGGAAACUUUACACCGGACCUCAAGCAACGUGGAUGGUGUGCCUCUACACACAAGACUCUGGGACCCUGAUUGCAAAAUUUACUUUUAUCAGAGAACAUAACUUUGGACCACUCAGCAGCAGUCCAGUCCUUUUUGUCUUUAGCCCAGGCGAGACGCUGUCUGUUGUUCAAGAGUGGCUUGACAGAAGGAAUGCGACAGCUGAAACCCAGGUCUUGCAUAGAUCUAUGCGUAGUGGUUCUUGAAGCACAGACUCACUCUUUGUGAAUCUCCCCCACAUUUUUGAAUGGGUUUUGUUUCACAAUCCUCUCCAAGGUGCGAUUAUCCCUAUUGCUUGUACACUUUUUUCGACCACAUCUUUUCCUUCCCUUCGCCUCUCUAUUCAUGUGCUUGGGCACAGAGUCUCUUUUGCAAUUAACUUUUGUGUCUUGCCCUCCUUGUGCAAGGUGUCAAUGGUCGUCUUUUGGACAACUGUCAAGUCAGCAGUCUUCCCAUGAUUGUGUAGCCUACAGAACUAGACUGAGAGACCAUUUAAAGGCCUUUGUGGGUGUUUUGAGUUAAUUAGCUGAUUAGAGUGUGGCACCAGGGUUCUUCAAUAUUGAUCCUUUUGACAAUAUUCAAAUUUUAUGAGAUACUGAAUUUGGGAUUUUCCUUAGAUGUCAGUUAUAAUCAUCAAAAGUAAAAGAAAUAAACAUUUGAAAUAUAUCAGUCUGUGUGUAAUGAAUGAAUAUAAUAUACAAGUUUCACUUUUUGAAUGGAACUAGUGAAAUAAAUCAACUUUUUGAUGAUAUUCUAAUUAUAUGACCCUCACCUGUAUAGCCAAUAAACUUAUGAAUCAGGUGAAUCUCACAAAGAAGGAUGUCAGAGUCAGGCCAAAAUAAAAACUAAACAUCAAUUUUUUCAUAAUAAAAGUGCAGCCUGCAUUACAAUUAUGAGACCCCAAAUUCACAUUACCAUAAUGUAAAAAUAAAACAAUUAAAACUGUAACUGUGAAACUGUAAAUGUUACAUAAAAUAGCACUUAAUAUUAUACAAAUUGAGAUUUGUUGUUUUGCACAUAACAAUAUAUGUAGUUAAAAUGAUACCACUGCUUCAAGCAUUGUAAUAUUUUAAGUAAAUAAUGCAAAAAAUAUGUAUAUAUAUAAUGGUCCUAAAACCAGGCCACAUUAGUGUUUUAAAAAAUAUUAUAAAUAUUAUAAAUAAUGUCGAUUUUUGGAUGAAAUCUGCCUUGAACAUUUUCUUUCUUUCAGAUGAUUGUAGGCAGGAGGACAUUCAUGCAUUUGGGCAAAUAAUAAUAAUUCUCAUCCAUGCAGUGAAAUCCAGCCUGAUCUCACGGGAAUUUGUGCAUAAGUUGGCUAAUCUGUAUAUAUUUGUGUAAGCAAAUCGUAAAAAACAAACAAUAAAAACAAAACAAAGCAACAGGGGCGAAAGCAAAUCGUACGAAAACUUACGAAUGUGGUUAUACCAUUUAAUACGAAUUAGUUGCCUCGGAAAAUCUGUAUGAAUUCCUGUGAGAUUGUGUUGUGUUCUCCGCACAUUUACCUCAAUAUAUUCACAGUAUAUCAAACUAUGUCAGUGAGCGGUUAUCUUCAGUCAUUUAUUUUUGUUGCAUUAUGGCCUUAUCUGUAUGCACCUUACAGUGUUAUAAAGGAAGGUUUAUCUAUUUUUGUCUUUUAAGUGGGUAAGGCCAUUUUAACAUGAAUUCACCCUUCUGUAUUAACUUAAUGACACAUUUUUUUUUUUGCAUCCAAGAUGAUGUGUACAUUAUGUUAGCCCUCAAGGACUAACCAGCUCACCUCACUUCCUCUGUUUUGUGUUUGCGUUUCCUGUAAGUUGUUAUUUUAAGGCAAGGAAAGAUCGUAUCUGCCGCAUCUCAGUGUUUUUUUUAUUUUGUUAAGAAUGUACCGCAUGCACUUUUUUGUCAUCGCUACUGUCACAUUCAACACUGACUAGUUCAAUAGUUGUAAAUGAUUCACAAUUUUUGGCUAGGAAUGUAAAAAUUGCACUAUUUUAGUUUAUCCCAUGUAGCCCCAUAAACGUGACGAAUGUGGCUUCAAGGAUUUUGUGAAUAUGUGAAAAUGACUUGAGCUACUGCUUGUCUACAAUAUUGAGCGCGAAACAAACCUCCGCUUGCUUCAAAUUGCUUUAAAAAUGGCUCUUUAUGCGAUAGUGCCAUAAAACCCAACUGCUCCUUAAAUUAUACAUAUAUAUAUAUAUAUGAAAAGAAAAUGAAUAUAACAGGAGCAGUUAUUAUUUAUGUGAGAAUGUGCAGGAUGUAUGCUGUUGUAAAAAAUGAUCUGUACAUAGGAAUUUUCAUGGAUGAAUGUUAUGAUAGACAGAUAGUUGUUGAACCCCCCUUCAAAAAAAACCCUGCCAUGUGUUGUAUUGACCUUUGUCUGUCCUAAUGAAGGUGCUGCUUCAUGCUUCUAACUGUCAUGCUUUGAGGAGCGCAAGAGCUCCUGUGGAUUUGCCUUUCCUCUCUGCUCCCUGCCUAUCCUGUUUCUCAGUAGCAUGUGUCACUGUUCUAAGUGUCUUGAGUAACUGUACAAACAUGCAUAGCAUAACCUGUAGCACAACAGACAUAUUUUUCCAUGAAAAUGUCUUUCCUUUUAUAAAUUUAUAAAAGGAUCGUGUACUUAACAUGUGCAGCAAUAAGAUUUUAAUACAAGAUAGUCUACUGGAUGUAGAAGAAUUAUAUGCACAUGUACUUGUAUGGAUUAUAAGUGCAUUUGUGGUCUUAAAUAAAUUAUGGAAUUUAACAGCA